UCGAAGCUGCGGCGCGAGAGGGGGGCGUGUAGUGGCGCGCGCGCUCUCUCUCUCUCUCUCUCUCUUGCUCUCUCCCAAGCGCCGGGGGAGGGAGGGAAGGCAGAGGAGGGGAAAAAAGGAAAGGCUAAGCAAAGGGGCGACCGAGCCUGGCCCGCUAAGUACAUGUCUCACCCCCCUGUCGCUCUGGGGCCGCGCAUCCUCCGACGGAAGGCGAGACGGGACGGAGCUGCUGCCCCUUCCUUGCCCCAGAUUCAUGUUCCCGGACUGAAAUGGCCGAAAUGGUGCUUCUCCCCCCGCUCAACCCCACGCCGCUGCUUGCCGACGAGUCACAAACUCCUCCUGAUCACUUCUUGCCACGAGUCUGGGACUGAGGAGGAAUUUUCAUAGUUGGAGUGACUUUUUGUUCUGUGGGAGGUGGGUAUUCUCUACAUCCACAUCUCUUUGAACUAGAGACUUGGGGAGAGAGUAACGGAGUGUGUGGGUAUAUGUAUGUAUAUGCCCGUCUCGCUGUUUGACCCAGUGGGCGUGAACUGAGCAUUUUUCCUGGGAGAGAAGACCACUUGGUUUGGAGGUUGAACGGGAAGAACAGAAGGGUGCAAAAUACACACACACACAGAGGACUUGGAGUGGACACACACACAGGCAAAGACUUGGAGUGGAGUUUCCCUUUCGGAGUGUUUCGCUCCCCAAAGUUGCCCAGAGAGAGAGAAGGAAGCAGAAAGAGAGAGAAGCGAGCGCGGGACCGGCGGCGGGGCGCCGGGCGCAGGCGUCGCCGCGAUGGUGCAGCAGACGGGCAACGCGGAGCCCAACGCGGAGGCGCUGCAGCUGCUGGCGCCCGGGGAGAGCGCCGCCUCGGAGUCCGGCGUGGAGCUGGGCCCGGCCUCCUCUCCCACGCCGGCCUCCUCGGCCUCCACGGGCGGCAAGGCGGACGACCCGAGCUGGUGCAAGACCCCCAGCGGGCACAUCAAGCGGCCCAUGAACGCCUUCAUGGUGUGGUCGCAGAUCGAGCGGCGCAAGAUCAUGGAGCAGUCGCCGGACAUGCACAACGCGGAGAUCUCCAAGCGCCUGGGCAAGCGCUGGAAGCUGCUCAAGGACGGCGACAAGAUCCCCUUCAUCCGCGAGGCCGAGCGCCUCCGCCUCAAGCACAUGGCCGACUACCCGGACUACAAGUACCGGCCGCGGAAGAAGGUCAAGGCCGGCGGGAGUGGGGAGAAAAGCGGGAGCAGUGGGGUCCCUCCGGGAGCGGGGCCCGUGCCCAACUCCUCCUCGUCGCCCUCCUCCAAAGCGGGGCUGAAGAAGAGCGCCAAACCGCAGCCCAAGCUCAAAGCGUCGGAGGCGCUGACUCCCUCAGCGGAGAGCGGCGGGAAGAAGGCCAGCAAGCGUCCCCCGCUGGCGGCCCACGCCUCCCCGGUGCCCUCCAGCCCCACGCUGGGCGCCGACACCAGCGACCCGCUCAGCCUCUACGACGAGGGCUGCUCCCCGCCGGACCACCGCAGCUACGCCAGCCUGAGGGCCCCCUCGCCGGCGCCGUCCUCCUCGCUCUCCUCGUCGGGCUCCUCCUCCGUCUCUUCCUCCGCCUCCUCCUCUUCUUCCUCCUCGGACGACGACGAGCUGGAGGACGACCUGCUGGACCUGCACCCGAGCCCGGGCUUCGAGGACAUGGCCCUGGUGGGCGGCCUGGGCGCCUCGGCGGUCCUCGACCGGGACCUGGAUUUGAACUUGGAGCCCGGCUCCGGCUCGCAUUUCGAGUUCCCGGACUAUUGCACGCCGGAGGUCAGCGAGAUGAUCUCCGGGGACUGGCUCGAGUCCAGCAUUUCCAACCUGGUCUUCACCUAUUGAGAGAAGAAGACGACGUUGGGGGAAGGAAGCAGAGAAGGCAAACUCGGCACAGGUUGCCCCCAACUCCUUUUGACAGACUUGGGGAGCCACAGGCUUGAUAUUCUUGAUAUUCCGGGUUAUAUGACAGUGUGGAAGGGCCCUAGGUCCUCCAGUAUGACUCUUAAAGUGAACUUCCUCCAGCCAUAUUUGGAUAGCUGACAGAUCCCUAAGAAUAUAAGUGCUCCAAUGCAUUUGUAUGGUCAGCUCCUAGAGAAAAUAGACCAUAAAGUCCUGCUGGAAGACCUAGAGACUAACUUUAGAGGGGUCUUGUGCCCCUAACGCCAAGGAAUGCAGAGCUGACUGUACAUUUGGUCAAGCAGACCAUGUUAGGCUGAGUGUGUGUGUGUGUGUGUGUUUUCCCCCCACAUCUUUCGUGACAAACGGACUCGGGGAAUGUGUGUCUUUUUUUAAACGACGAAAGGGAUCAACCUUCUUUUUUGAGGGGGGCUGUUUUUUUGCCUCGCCCCUCUGUCCAGAUGAAACAGAUCCUCACCGCCUCCCACGUCCUUGUUUGUUUCUUUCUUUCUCCCUCCCUCACCCUUUCCCACAGCCGAAGAAUGACUUCCACGUUUCCAGAGACUCUGGCGAGAAUCAAGUGGCUUAAAAGAAGCAUUGCAACUACAGAUCUAUUUGUGGGGGAGGGGGUGUUUGAAAAUCACGCACAUCUGAAAAAAAAGGUUUGUUGGGGGGAAAUAGGUUGUGCUUCUGUACAUUAAAUGUCUCUUUUGGGGUCCGGGAGGGAGUUUUGUGGGGGUGGGGGGGGUGGGUGGGGGAGGAAUUGGUUAGGAUUGCUGUGAGUUUUCCAGGCUGUAUGGCCAUGUUUCAUAAGAAUUCUCUCCUGCCUUUUUGCCCACAUCUAUGGCAGGCAUCAGUAUGUUGGAAACUAGGCAAGGGAGGUUUAUUUAUCUGUGGAAUUGGUUAAUCUGUUUCAGACCAAUCUGCAAGACUUCCAAUGGGAGGGAGGGAGCUCUAAUUUGCUUUUCUGGGGAAGGGAGUCUUGUAUCUUAAGGCGAAUUCAGAGAGAGGCCCUGGGACUGAAAAUCCUUCCUGGGAUGAUAGUGGAGAGGGAGGUAUUUUUUAAACAAAAUGAACUGGAAGUUCAGCUUAGAUGAAGAUAAUAAAAGCUGAAAAAGGAUUUGCACGUUUAAAGGUGAAGGUGACAGUGAUUUUCUUAAAGUUCACCUGAUAGUAUAGAUGGAGAGAUCAGUAUGUGUGGAAUUUCAAACACACUGAACUUUUAUUAUAAAACGUAAUACAAAAAUAUGGAGAGCGCUCUAGAGCAUACCAAGUGUCUCUAAGGAUUGUGGUACAGGGGAAGUAGAGGGCAAAGGCUCUUUCUUUGCGAAAAAAAUGUGUUUUUCUUACUCCGAAUCGUGAUGGUGUUGGAUUAUUUCACUGGUGGGGUUUUUAAUAUAGCAUGUUCUACUAUCUAUCUUUCUGUUAAGACUGUUGAACAGUUUUUUUUAAAAAAAGAAUAGUGUUAGAAUAAUAUAAAAAGCAGAUAGAUGGCGCUAUGUUUGAUUCCUACAAAGAUUAUCACCAGCUUUUUUUCCUUCUUAACUCUUUCAAGGAUUCAAACGCAACUCAAAUCUGUGCUGGAGUUUUUUUAAAAAGAAAUAUUCAGGACCAAAUUUUUCCUCAGUGUCUGUGUGCGUGUGCGUGCGUGUGUCCCUCUAUAGUUGUAAAUGAAGAUGCUUUACUUUUCACACCAUGAUCCAUCCUUUGAAAUGUUUUUUCCCCCUUGUAAAUGAAAUUGGAUGCCAUUUUAUAAGUGAAGUAUUUAUACUGGCCAAACGUUUUUUUACUUGUAUUACUUUGUCCUUAUUUUUUUUCCUGGUAGUUAGUUUCCGUUGUUACCCACACCAUUUUUAUGUCACCUUCACUGAAGAAGGGCUAGAGUUUAACUUUUAAUUUUUUAUAUUUAAAUGUAGACUUUUGACACUUUUAAAAACAAGAGAAGAGAGAUGAAAACGUUUGAUUAUUUUCUCAGUGUAUUUUUGUAAAAAAUAUAUAAGGGGUGUAAAUUGCUGUUUUGGAUUUCCUGAUUUUAGACAGGGCUGCUGGUUAAUCUCUCUCACACACAAAAUCAGCCCCUACUUUCAUCAUGUUUACACUCCAAUCUGCAGGCUUCUUAAAGAGACAGUAUCCCUUGUGUUCACUCUAUUUAGGAGUUGAGACAGAGAGAGGGAUUAAACUUGUUCACUGUAGGACUAAUUUCCAACACGCAAAACCCCCUCUCAAAGUAAAUAGUAUAUUGUACAGUAACAACUGGAGUAUUUUCAGAAGAAGUAAAAGGGAUCCUGUAGCUUUAACUUGUAAACCACAUCUUUUGCACUUUUUUAAUAAGCAAAAACAAAAAAACCUUUGCCGUUGAAAUCACUGGAUCUAUCUAAAUGCCGAUUUGAGUUCGCGACACUAUGUAAUUGCAUUUUUUCAUUCUUGUAUUUGACUAUUUAAUCCUUUCUACUUGUCGCUAAAUAUAAUUGUUUUAGUCUCUUAUGGCAUGAUGAUAGCAUAUGUAUUCAGGUUUAUAGCUGUUGUGUUUAAGAUGAGAAAAAAGAGUGAAAACAUCUUUGUACAUUUAAGUCUGUAUUAUAAUAAGCAAAAAAGAUUGUGUGUUUAUGUAUUAAUAUAACAUGACAGGCGCUAGGACAUCUGCCUAACGAAGAAGAGGUUCCGUUAAGGGUUUUUCUGUUCUGUUCUGUUCUUUUCUUGGUCACCCAUCCUGUGCAAUAUGUGGAAUAUCUUUGUUUAACAAAUCUGCCCAUAACAUGACAGGGUGGGGGGGGGGGGGGGAAGCUGGCUGAUCAUGCCAAGUUCACUGCCUGUCAGAUUGUCAAAAUAUACUUUCUGUAAAUAACCUCUUUCCCUCCCUCCCCCCAAGGAAAUAAAAUCAGCUGGAACUGAGCCCUAAAA